GUGGUAUUAGGGUUUCUUAUAAAAGUUGAAUAAUGGCAUCGUCUCUUUUUUUUCAAAUUUCUGAGGUGAAGCUGCAGACUUCUGUUUGAAGAAAUGCCCGAGAGAAAAUCCACGAUAAUCGAACAGGAAAUCCCCAGCAAUUCCCUUCGAAGAUCCACCAGACUCCAUAGAAAUCAAACCGGAGUUCAGAGCCCAAAAACCCCAAAUCUUGCUGAAACGAGACACAAUCGUCCCGAUUCAUUUCCCACACCUUUUUCCAAAAUCAAGAACAGAAGGGGGAGAGAGUCUGAUUUAGAUUCGGAGAAUUCGAUAAACCGGAUUAGAAAGUCUGAAAGACUGCAACGCGGGGCCAAUUUAGGUGUCCCGGAUUUGGAGAAUCCGUCUGUGAAAGGUCCGGCGAAAUCGGGCGGGAGAUCUAGAAGGUCUGAAAAUCGGUAUGAGGGAAGCAUUUCGGGUAAAAGAAAAGAAGUUGUGUAUCCGCGUGAGGAAGAGGUUGUGGUGAGGAUGGUGACAAGGAGUUCGGUUCGGAGAAAUAAAGUUGUAUUCGUUGGUGGCAUCAAUUCGGGUGAGGAUCAUGUCGAUAGCGUUUCUAUUGUGUUGAAAGAGCGGAAGAAUAAUAGAGAAGAAAAGGCUGUGAAAAAGGAGAAGAGGGUUAUUCGCAGGCGAAAAGCAGUUGUGAGGGAUGAGGUGGAAUCCGAAGAGGACGACGAGUUAUCUAAACGAGAUAGGAGUGGGAAAGAUGUCGAAGAUUAUGGGGUUGUGAAGAUAAUUGGAGAACAAAAUUUUGCAAGGAAGGCACAGGUUGGUGAGAAGAGGAAGAGAGAUGGAGUCGAGGGAGAGUGCGGAAAUGCUCGAGGAUGGACUAAGGAACAGGAAGUUUCUCUGCAAAGAGCUUAUUUCACAGCUAAGCCCACACCUCAGUUUUGGAAGAAAGUUGCAAGGAUGGUUCCUGGCAAAUCGGCGGAGGAAUGCUUUGACAGAAUUCACUCCGACCACCAAACUCCACCCCAACCACGAACACGUUCAAGGGCAAAACUAAAGGAACCAUCACCCCUCUCGUUUUCUGCAAGUAGGCUACUUAGUCCCGUGGAGAGAAAAACGAAAAGGCUUGGACCCAAAAGGAGGACACUUCUAGCACAGAAGACAGCAAGAAAGAUAUUGCAAAACCAACAGAAGGAAGAUCAAGAUUACUGUGCGGAUCUGUUUUCGGUUCUUGAGCCAACAACGGAUCCAUCCCCGUCCAAUCCUCAAGCGGAUACAACCUUCGCCUCACCAGAACCGAGCAAAGCAACUAGCUUCCUCACAGCUUGCAGGCCGGUGUCUUCACCAUCACAGAAAAAGCAUCUCUCGAGAUUGAAGGGAUUUCAGAAAGCAGGUUUUGUUAGUCCCCCGGUGCUGAAGCAGAUUAAGAACAAGGCUUUGCACGAGAAAUACAUAGAUCAGCUGCAUUGCAGGGAUGCCAAAAGGAAGGCUGAAGCAUUGAGGAACUCUAGAAACAUCAAGGGCCAAAUUGACGAAAAGGCGAAUUGUUUAAAUCAGCAUUUUGUCAAAGCUGCAAAAGAUGCUUUGGUUUCUGAUGCACAGGAUGCUAUCAGUAAGUUUUGCGAUCUGCAUAAUACCACUGAUGAUGACGGUGAUGAUGAUGAUGAUGAUCGUGGUUAUGAUGAAGACGAAUAUGGGAUUCGAUGAUCACCAGUUUUGUUUGUAUGUACAAUACAUUGUUUAGAUUGUUACAUUACAUGCCAUAAUCAAACUUGCAAUGUUUUUUCAGUGAGACUGUAAUGGUGUACCUGUUCUCAUGUACGAGAUUUGUAGGGAUUUGUAGGAAAAAAGGAAGUAUCAAGUGUUUGUAAAUAGUUAGACCCAAUUGACAAUUUGUUUGUGGUGCUUAUUAUAACAAAUCAGGAGUACUUACUUUAUACUCCCUACGUCA